CUUCUUUUUAAAUAUAUUUUAGUGCGGAGUUUGAGGAUUGAGAAAAGCUUAUCUAAAGAUCCAGUAGCUUUUGAAGUGUGUAUUGAAAAAGAUUUACAAUACAUAGAAGGGGCGCUUCAAACGGAAGAAUUUUCUCUUCCUGAAUUCCAAGCUACCUACUUGCGAUUCAUCAUCAAAUCUGCCUUUGAUCAUUUUGUUUCAGUGCACACAGUGAUGGCAGAAGGAGUAGCAGAAAAUAUUUAAAACCAAAUUUAAAGAAUUGCCUCAAAAUUAUUUUGUAAUGAUAUUUGUAGCAUAAAGGUUAUAUUUAUUAUUCAAACAUUAUAUUAAAAUGGAUUUUUAAAAUAUGGCUCCAGUAUGUCA